GGCCGGCGCGCGGGCGCAGGCAGGGACUAGGCGCGGGCGCCCUCCCGGCCGGCGGCGGCAGCCGGUGCAGACCCCUCCGAGGACCCUGCGGCGGCUGGUCAGCUGUUCUCUCUAGGUCCUGCUAAAGGGUCAUCUUCCAGAGUCCCCACAUCCUCACUCAGGAGAACGGGCGCUGCCACCCUGUGCUAAGGCCUGUCUCACUGCACCCGGAACCAUGAGCGAAGCCCGGAGAGACAGUACUAGCAGUCUGCAACGCAAGAAACCCCCGUGGCUCAAGUUGGACAUCCCAGCGGUGGUGCCCCCAGCAGCAGAAGAGCCCAGCUUCCUGCAGCCCCUGCGGCGACAGGCUUUCCUGCGGAGUGUGAGUAUGCCGGCUGAGACAGCCCGUGUCCCGUCGCCCCACCAUGAGCCUCGGCGGCUGGCGCUGCAGCGUCAGACAUCCAUCACGCAGACCAUCCGCAGGGGGACAGCUGACUGGUUUGGAGUGAGCAAGGACAGUGACAGCACCCAGAAGUGGCAGCGUAAGAGCAUUCGUCACUGCAGCCAGCGAUAUGGGAAGCUAAAGCCACAGGUCAUCCGGGAGCUGGACCUGCCCAGCCAGGACAAUGUGUCGCUGACCAGCACCGAGACGCCGCCACCACUCUAUGUGGGGCCAUGCCAGCUGGGAAUGCAGAAGAUCAUAGACCCUCUGGCCCGAGGCCGGGCCUUCCGCAUGGCCGAUGACACCGCCGAUGGCCUGAGUGCCCCCCACACUCCCGUCACACCAGGUGCUGCCUCCCUCUGCUCCUUCUCCAGCUCCCGCUCAGGUUUCAACCGGCUCCCUCGGCGUCGCAAACGUGAAUCCGUGGCCAAGAUGAGCUUCCGGGCCGCUGCAGCGCUGGUGAAGGGUCGGUCUAUUAGGGAUGGCACUUUACGAAGGGGACAGCGUCGGAGCUUUACUCCUGCCAGCUUCCUGGAGGAAGACAUGGUGGACUUCCCUGAUGAGCUGGAUACAUCUUUCUUUGCCCGGGAAGGUGUCCUCCAUGAGGAGCUGUCCACGUACCCAGAUGAGGUGUUUGAGUCCCCAUCAGAAGCAGCGCUCAAGGACUGGGAGAAAGCCCCGGAUCAGGCGGACCUCACGGGUGGGGCCCUGGACCGCAGCGAGCUCGAGCGAAGCCACUUGAUGUUACCCCUGGAACGAGGCUGGAGGAAGCAGAAGGAAGGCGGCACGCUCGCCCCGCAGCCCAAGGUGCGGCUUCGCCAGGAGGUGGUCAGUGCGGCUGGCCCCAGGAGGGGUCAGCGUAUCGCUGUGCCAGUGCGCAAGCUCUUCGCCCGGGAAAAACGGCCGUAUGGUCUGGGGAUGGUGGGACGGCUCACCAACCGCACGUACCGGAAACGGAUUGACAGCUAUGUCAAGCGGCAGAUCGAAGACAUGGAUGAUCACAGGCCCUUCUUCACUUACUGGCUCACCUUCGUGCACUCCCUGGUCACCAUUCUGGCUGUGUGCAUCUACGGCAUCGCGCCUGUGGGCUUCUCGCAGCACGAGACGGUGGACUCGGUACUUCGGAAGCGGGGUGUCUAUGAGAAUGUCAAAUACGUCCAGCAGGAGAACUUCUGGAUUGGCCCCAGCUCGGAGGCCCUCAUUCACCUGGGUGCCAAGUUCUCCCCCUGCAUGCGCCAGGACCCACAGGUGCACAACUUUAUCCUUGCCGCCCGGGAGCGUGAAAAGCACUCAGCCUGCUGUGUGCGCAAUGACCGGUCUGGCUGUGUGCAGACGUCGAAGGAGGAGUGCUCGUCUACGUUGGCAGUGUGGGUGAAGUGGCCAGUUCAUCCUAGUGCUCCCGACCUGGCAGGCAACAAGAGGCAGUUUGGUUCUGUCUGCCACCAGGACCCCAGGGUGUGUGACGAGCCUUCCUCUGAGGAUCCCCACGAGUGGCCAGAAGAUAUCACCAAGUGGCCGAUCUGCACCAAAAACAGCGCGGGGAACCACACUAACCACCCUCACAUGGACUGUGUCAUAACGGGCAGGCCCUGCUGCAUCGGCACCAAGGGCAGGUGUGAGAUCACCUCCCGGGAGUACUGUGACUUCAUGAGGGGCUACUUCCAUGAGGAGGCCACACUCUGCUCUCAGGUGCACUGCAUGGACGAUGUCUGUGGCCUCCUGCCUUUCCUCAAUCCCGAGGUGCCUGACCAGUUCUACCGCCUGUGGCUGUCCCUCUUCCUGCACGCUGGGAUCCUGCACUGUUUGGUGUCCGUCUGCUUCCAGAUGACAGUCUUGCGGGACCUGGAGAAGCUGGCAGGCUGGCACCGCAUAGCCAUCAUCUACCUGCUGAGCGGUGUCACGGGCAAUCUAGCCAGCGCCAUCUUUCUGCCGUACCGGGCAGAGGUAGGUCCGGCCGGCUCCCAGUUUGGUAUCCUGGCCUGCCUCUUUGUGGAGCUGUUCCAGAGCUGGCAGAUCCUGGCCCGACCCUGGCGUGCCUUCUUCAAGCUCCUGGCCGUGGUGCUCUUCCUCUUUGCCUUUGGGCUGCUGCCCUGGAUCGACAACUUCGCCCACAUCUCAGGUUUCGUCAGCGGCCUCUUCCUUUCCUUUGCCUUCCUGCCUUACAUCAGCUUUGGCAAGUUCGACCUGUACCGCAAGCGUUGCCAGAUCAUCAUCUUCCAGGCUGUCUUCCUGGGCCUGCUGGCCGGCCUGGUGGUCCUCUUCUAUUUCUACCCAGUGCGCUGUGAAUGGUGCGAGUUCCUCACCUGCAUCCCCUUCACAGACAAGUUCUGUGAGAAGUACGAGCUGGAUGCUCAGCUCCACUGAACCAGCGGUGGCACCCCAGGCCGCCCCGGCCUCCCGCGGCCGAACAGACGGGUGCUUCCUGAACACUGACCUCUCGUGCCUCGAGCUCCCGUUGAACCCUCACACUGCUGGACAUUAUCAUCCGAGUCCCCAUGAUAACCUUCUAACUACUCCCCCCCCCCUUGACAACCACCUCAGGUGGUCAAUAAAUGGACUGGGAGCGUUUUAGCUGCCACUAACGUGA